AUGGCGACGGAACAGAUUACGAAUUGGCUACCGGAUAGCCGCAGUCGCCUUUGGGCAGCAUGGACGUCAGUGCAGGUCGAAUUCCAGGGGCGGUACUCUGUUGAGAGGAUACAACGGCUCAACGAUUACAUGAAAACUCUGGAUUACCGAAGAAUAGGCGCAGUGUGUCUUUUGACACCGCUGCCUUGUCUUCUCUCCGCUGUUUUGAUCGAGUCUGCGCCACUUGCACCGCCCGAAGAUGGGGUUUACGCCAACUGGUUGUUCUACAUUCGCAUUUGGGUCGUGACGUGUUGGAUGGUUGGGUCGCUCACUCUACAAAUGGGUCAAAUGGCCCCGCGCCACAAGAUGAAGAUAAAGCACGCGGUUGUGAUGGGUAUGCUGUCCGGAAUCGCGACCUCUUUAACGCAUUUUGGGAUCGGAAUCGUGUUCGUCUUCCCAGUGCCAUUUGGGAUGCUGAUCGCCUCGCCGCCUUGUGUCGCGGUGUUGGUCGCAUGUUACGCGUACUUCUGGGGAGCCCAAUGGAGAUCCGAUCCGCUGUUGCGCACGGAGGUCAGGCAGCAAAUGUCUGUGUUGUGUUGUCAACUUUCGCUCACCUUUAUCUAUCCUAGCUGGAUCUACGGGUUUAUUUCAGUCUCAGGCUUCUACCAAGCGUUGUUUGUUCUGGCAUUGCCCAUUAUCAAGUUGUUGGCGAAGAAUUGGAUCAGUCGAGCGCUGGGCGAUCGCAAUGAUGCGAAACCGGAAGAAGUGAUCUUUAAUGUGGAGAUUUUCAACUCGCUAUAUGCUGCCAAUGCGCUUCAAAACGCUUCAACAUGGGGAGUGAGCGUAAUUAUCAUGCUGAUAGACUUGAUGAAUUUCUGGGUAUCCAUGCUGGACAUUGUGAAAAUUCUCAACGAAGUC